AUGUCUAUUUACACAGUUCCUGCGAGAAGCCUCUCUGAGGUGCAGCGUACUACCGAUUUCCAGAAGAAUUCUUCACAAAAUGCCUUCUCCAGCAGCAAGAAGUUUGGGGAGCAGCUGAAAUCAGAGGUAUCAGAGCACAAAAAAGAUAAUCUAGUUUCAUGCUCUCAGAAUAAGGCCAAAGAAGUAAACAGGACUUAUGUGAUUUCUGCCUGUAAAAAAGCUGGUGAUACACCAAUUAAGUUUAAGCCUGAAGAUAAAUCAAUGCUUCAGAGGAAAACAACAGCAAGCAAAGAAUCAGUUUGCAGUGGUAAACAAUUGAGUGAAAAAUCAGCGCGGGAUGCAGAAGAUAUACAAACUGAGCAAAGACUUGCUCUGCAGAGACCUGUGAGGACUGACCCUAUGGAGAAGAAUAAAAUAAAUCAGAAUACUGUGUCUGGAAUAGAAACUAAGGGUUCUGUUGCUGCCCAAAGAAAUUCCAAGACUGUACUCCCACAAAGUACUGGUAGUAAUGAUACCUGUUAUGCUAAACCAAGCUGUAGAUUAGCUGAAGGUCAGUCCAAUAUGAGGAAGCACUCUAAUCUGAGCAGCAAGGAUUCGCUUAGUAAUCUUGAUGGUCUGUCUGAAAAUGAUAGCUGCAUGCAUUUAAAAUAUAGGACACCCACUUCAGAUAAAAAGCUGCAAAAUGAAGUUUCUAGAUCAGCGCAAUGGAUUACCUCAAAAUAUAGUAAUAGGACAUUAGAACAGCUGAAUGAAAAAGGCAAUUUAAGUAAGGUAGCUGGAAAAGAAAGGUUACAAAACUCAACUAUAAAACACAACAGUUUGGAAAGGCCAAGGACACCAAGAAAAGAUACAACAGAAGGAUUGAAGCUUACCCCAAAACAUAGUACUCAGGAUAUGAGAAUUUUUUCAGUAUCUGCUUCAAAGAAGCAAAUAUCUCAUCCUCAAGUUGUAGCAAAAAAGAAAAUGAGUGUCCCCAGCUCUCCCUCUGUCAGUAGAGGUGCGAAAGCAGAGGAGAAUCUAACAUAUGUGCUGGCUUCUAAGGAAGAAGCUGACGCCAAUAGCCCCAAGAAAAAUAUUUUCAAAGCAGAAAACAGCAAAGUGACCGUAGCUGUUCGUGUACGGCCUUUCAGUAACAGAGAGAAAAAUGAAAAUGCUUUCCCUGUGGUCUCCGUGAGUGGGUCAGAGACAGUGGUACAAAACCUGGAUACAAACCAGGUUUACAGCUUCAGCUAUGACUUCUCCUUCUGGUCUUUUGACAAGUGUCACCCAAGCUUUGCAAACCAAGCAGUGAUUUAUAACACUUUGGCAGUGCCACUCCUAGAAAAAGCUUUUGAGGGGUACAACACUUGUCUCUUUGCUUAUGGACAGACUGGUUCUGGAAAAUCAUACACAAUGAUGGGAUUUGAGGAAGAUCGAGGAAUAAUUCCAAGAUUUUGUGAAGAUCUCUUCAGUCGAGUAGCACAAAUGGACAAGCAACAGAUUUUGUUUCAUCUUGAAAUGAGCUAUUUUGAAGUUUACAAUGAGAAAAUUCAUGAUUUGCUUGUAUUUAAAGCUGAAAGUGGACAGAAGAAACAACCUCUCCGUGUAAGAGAACACCCAGUGUUAGGACCGUAUGUGGAAGACCUGACCGUGAAUGUUGUCAGUUCAUAUUCUGAUAUCCAGGGUUGGCUUGAGCUAGGAAAUAAACAGAGAGCAACAGCUGCUACGGGGAUGAAUGACAAGAGCUCUAGGUCUCAUUCAGUCUUCACCCUUGUCAUGACACAAACAAAAGCGGAAUUUGCAGAUGAAGAGCAACGUGAUCGUAGCAUCACCAGUCACAUAAACCUUAUAGAUCUAGCUGGUAGUGAACGCUGCUCAGCAACUCAAACUGUUGGUGAAAGGCUGAAGGAGGGUGUGAGUAUUAAUAAGUCACUGCUAACGCUUGGAAAGGUUAUUUCUGCACUCUCUGAGCAGUCUCAAAAUGGAAAGAAAACAUUCAUUCCUUACCGGGAAUCUGUCCUUACAUGGUUGUUAAAGGAAAGUCUUGGUGGAAAUUCCCGAACUGCUAUGAUAGCCACAGUCAGUCCAGCUGCCAGCAGUAUAGAAGAAACACUCAGCACUCUUCGCUAUGCAAAACAAGCUUGUUCAAUAGUCAACAUUGCUAAAGUAAAUGAAGAUGUGAAUGCCAAAUUAAUCAGAGAACUAAAAGCUGAAAUUGAAAAACUGAAGGCAGCUCAGAAAAGUGCGCAGAAUACUGACCCUGAAAAGAACAGACGUUAUUUGCAAGAAAUAACUUCUCUGAGGAUAAAACUGCACCAACAGGAAAGGGACAUGGCAGAAAUGCAAAGGGCCUGGAAAGAAAAGCUUGAACAAGCAGAAAAAAGGAAAUUAGAAGAAACCAAAGAGUUGCAGAAAGCAGGAAUUGCCUUCAAAAUGGACAAUCGUUUACCUAACCUUGUUAACCUCAAUGAAGAUCCCCAACUUUCUGAGAUGCUGUUGUAUAUGAUCAAGGAGGGAGAAACAACUGUUGGCAAGCAUACACUAAAUUCAAGACAUGAUAUUCAGCUUUCUGGAGCACUAAUUGCUGCUGAUCACUGUACUAUAAAAAAUAUUGAUGGCAAAGUGAGUAUUAUCCCACUGGGAGAAGCAAAGACGUAUGUUAAUGGGAAACAUAUUUCAGACCCAACAGAUCUACAUCAUGGUGAUCGAGUGAUCCUUGGGGGAGACCAUUAUUUCAGGUUUAAUCAUCCAGUAGAGGUUCAGAAAGUCAUAAGGCCAUCUUGUGGCACAACACUUCUGUGUGAUGGUCCAAAAGAUUUUGAAUUUGCAAGAAAUGAGCUUCUUGUUGCACAAAGAACACAGCUUGAAUCAGAAAUAGAAGAGGCACGACUCAAAGCCAAAGAAGAAAUGAUGCAAGGCAUCCAAGUUGCAAAAGAGAUGGCGCAGCAAGAGCUGACAUCACAAAAAGAAGUUUAUGAAAGCAAAAUAAAAUCACUAGAAGCAGAACUGAAAGAAGAAUCUUAUAAGAAGCAAAUGCAAGAACUGAAUAAUAAAAAGGCUGCAAACAAAAUACAAGAGUUGGAAAAAGCAAAGCAAGAUCUUGAGCUAGAAGUAAACUUUAACAGGAAGCGUCUGGAAAUGGAGACAAUAGCUACUAAACAGGCUCUAGCAGAUCAUACUAUUCGUCAUGCAAAGAUACUUGAAGCUCUGGAAGCAGAAAAACAGAAGAUAGCUGAAGAAAUACAAACCCUUCAAAAGAAUCGUGGAAGUGAGAAAAAGACUACAAAAAUUCCUCUUAACUGGAAUUCGCUGAAACUGUCCGUGAUGAUCAAGGAGGCCAAUGCCAUUAGUAAUGAACUGGGGAAAAACACUGUUUUCUGCAGGCAUGACAAAAUUGAUGAUAAAACAGGAACAGCAACUUCUGUUCAGGUACAGGUUCGUAAUACCAAACUGGGAAUUGCAACUUUCUGGAGCUUGGAGAAAUUUGAGUGCAAACUAGCAGCACUGAAAGAACUUUACGAGAAUAAUGAGUGUAACAAAGCUGCUGAUGUAUUUUAUGACCCUACUGAUGAGUGGGAACCUGACCUUUCAGCUGCUUCUGUUUCCUCUUUUUCCAGAAGAAG